AGCCCACCGGUUUCGAGCGGCAAUAAAGAUCGUCGAUUUAGUGAUGAAUGGGAUGCUGCAAAAGUGCCACCCAGUCGGUUUCAGAAGCGCAAAGGGUCAAUAUAUGCCACGCCUAGCUCUCGGGAUGGCCACAUCGAUAAGAAUUACGCCGAGAAAUAUCACGCCAAGAUUGCCGAGAUGAAGGCGGGGAAGGCAGGUCGCUCUACAACUAGUGAAGAGACUCCAGGUAAAAAACAA